GGCUCCUCCUCGCCGGGCCCCGCCGCGCGCUAUGCGCAAGCUCGGCCCCUGGCUCAAGAUGGCGGCGGCGGAUAAACAGAAACACGAGCACGGGCGGGUGAAGAUCGGCCACUACAUCCUGGGCGACACGCUGGGCGUCGGCACCUUCGGCAAAGUCAAGGUUGGCAAGCAUGAGUUGACUGGACACAAAGUGGCAGUGAAGAUCCUGAAUCGACAGAAGAUUCGCAGCCUGGAUGUUGUAGGAAAAAUCCGCAGGGAGAUUCAGAACCUCAAGCUCUUUAGGCAUCCUCAUAUAAUUAAACUAUACCAGGUCAUCAGUACACCGACUGACAUUUUUAUGGUGAUGGAGUAUGUGUCAGGAGGAGAACUAUUUGAUUAUAUCUGUAAAAAUGGAAGGCUUGAUGAGAAAGAGAGUAGACGUCUGUUCCAGCAAAUCCUUUCUGGCGUGGACUACUGUCACAGGCACAUGGUAGUACAUAGAGAUCUGAAACCUGAAAAUGUGCUGCUUGACGCACACAUGAAUGCCAAGAUCGCUGACUUUGGCCUAUCAAAUAUGAUGUCAGAUGGAGAAUUUCUAAGAACAAGCUGUGGUUCCCCUAACUAUGCUGCACCAGAGGUCAUUUCGGGCAGGUUAUACGCAGGUCCUGAAGUAGAUAUUUGGAGCAGCGGGGUCAUUCUCUAUGCUUUGUUAUGUGGAACACUUCCAUUUGAUGAUGAUCAUGUGCCAACGCUAUUUAAGAAGAUAUGUGAYGGUAUCUUUUAUACUCCUCAGUAUCUGAAUCCAUCUGUAAUUAGUCUUCUGAAACACAUGCUGCAGGUUGAUCCAAUGAAGAGAGCAACAAUCAGAGACAUUAGGGAACAUGAAUGGUUUAAGCAGGACCUUCCCAAAUACCUGUUUCCUGAAGACCCAUCAUAUAGCUCAACUAUGAUUGAUGAUGAAGCCUUAAAAGAAGUAUGUGAGAAAUUUGAAUGCACUGAAGAUGAAGUGUUAAGCUGUCUAUACAGUCGAAAUCAUCAGGACCCCCUAGCCGUUGCUUAUCACCUCAUUAUUGAUAAUAGAAGAAUAAUGAAYGAGGCCAAAGACUUCUACUUGGCUACAAGCCCACCAGAUUCCUUUCUUGAUGAUCACCAUCUGUCUCGCCCUCAUCCUGAAAGAGUGCCAUUCCUGGUAGCGGAAGCACCACGUCCUCGCCACACUCUUGAUGAACUGAAUCCACAGAAAUCAAAGCAUCAAGGUGUAAGAAGAGCCAAGUGGCAUUUAGGAAUACGGAGCCAGAGUCGACCAAAUGAUAUCAUGGCUGAAGUUUGUCGAGCAAUUAAACAACUGGAUUAUGAAUGGAAGGUUGUAAAUCCAUACUAUCUGCGUGUUCGGAGGAAGAAUCCAGUGACAAGUGCAUAUUCUAAGAUGAGUCUGCAGUUGUAUCAGGUGGACAGCAGGACAUACCUGCUGGACUUCCGUAGCAUUGAUGACGAAAUUACUGAAGCAAAGUCUGGGACUGCAACUCCACAGAGAUCAGGUUCCGUGAGCAACUAUAGAUCCUGUCAAAAGGAUUCAGAUGCUGAUGCACAAGGAAAAUCCGCAGAUACGUCCCUUACCUCAUCAGUGACCUCUUCGCUUGACUCUUCUACAGCUGAUUUAACUCCAAGACCAGGGAGUCAUACCAUAGAAUUUUUUGAGAUGUGUGCAAAUCUUAUUAAAAUACUUGCACAAUAAUUCUGAAGAUGGGCUUAUUUCUUUUACAGCAAUAAGCAUGCCUAAAUCAUAGUCAAAUGCUUCCAGUUAUAAUCAAAUUAAAUUAAGGCGCUGAAAAAACUAGCCACAAAAUGCGAUUUGCACAGGGACUGAAAUGAUUCUGGGCAGUUAGGUGUAGUAUGUUGAUGCUGGAGUGAAUUCUGAUUGUCUGCUGUCCAGUAACCUAAUACAGGUACAGGAAGUCGCAUGCCCGUUGGGCAGUGUUAGUAACAUUUUAUAUUGAGUGCACAUUAGGCUUCAUAGAAUAUUUAAGUCACAAAGACUUCUUUGCUGGUGAUACAUACAUCUGAUGCACUGUAAGUAAAUGUACACUUACUAGUUAAAUGACUGAAAGAUGUCUUGUUGGUCACCAUCUACAAUUGUGCCUCAGUUGAUCAGAACUAUCGAUUCUUUAACAGUAAUGUGUUAAAACUGAUACUCCCUCCUUAUCUUUGACAGUAAAUCAUCAAGAUUAGUGUGUUUAUAACCUACUAUUUUAACAACUCAUAGGUUUGAUCAAAUGUAUAUGCUGGCAAACCCAGCCAGUUGAAAUGUCCUAAUGCAUGUACAUGCUCAGGAAGCACUUAAGAGUGAAAUUCUUUGGGCUAUAAACAGAACAAUUGAGGCUGCAGUGUGACAAGGAGCUCACACAAGGAUGACUUGGUAUCCAAGGGUGAAACAAAAAUGUUGCUCUGUGGAAAAUUCUCCACAAGCUUCUGAUCUAUGUAGAAUGAACCCACUUCUCAUCUUGGUGUGAUAUCAUCCAACCAGUUCCACAYUGCUACUGCAGGCUGAGGAUCUUCAGAGCUGUGUGCAUGUAGCAAAUAGCACAGCCUAAGAGCCUCUGUGCUAUUCCAGAGCCUAAAAUCGWCAGUCUUAAAUAAAUGUUAAUACUUUCCUGAUAAAGCUGUUUAUAUCACAAGUUGACACAGCAUUUACUGUAUAGAAUUCACUUUGUGGUUGAAACUACACACGUAUAGGUCAAGUUUUCUCAAGCCACCUUUAUAUUAAGUUUUGCCAUUUAAAUAAAAAUAGUACAGCUGGUCAGUCGAGUGCUUAAAAUUGAUCAUGACAUAAUUGAGUGCUACUAUUCAGAAUGUUUUUGAGAGUAGACUGCAAUUGCUGAUGACAUCUGUCUGCAGUGCUUCAGAAAAAUGAUCCUCAAAUGUUAAUCAUGGCUAAGUACUUGCAUAAAAACAUUUUAAAAUCUUCUAAAAAUGGAUGUAUUAUCUGCAGUUUUGUCAUUUAGCAGUAAUGGAUGUAAACAUUAAACAGUGAAGUGUAUGCAAGAAAACAUGCUUUGUCUUUUAAGAACAAGUGUUCUUUUCAAAAUGAACCUGUUCAGAGACUUCACACAUUUACAGACUGGAAAUGAAGGCAUUAACAUAGAGUGAAACUUUAGAUUUUGAAAUGGAUGGGGAUUUUUGCCAAUGUCUUCGGUGAGCUGGAGACAUCAUCCAUGACUAAGUGCUAAAGAUUGUAAGGACAGUUUAACCCAGGGCAGCUGGUUUCAGUCCAGAAGUUCAUCUGUUAAGAAUGCUUAAAGAGUGAGAAGAAAGUCUUUAGGACCCAGGGAAUGUUGUCACUGCAUUCUGAAGUGGGCAACUGAGUGAUAUGUUUAGCACCUAGGUAAAAGCUAAGACUUCAGGCACCUGUGCUUGAGUAGUGUUGCAUAUGGUCCCUGUAAUGCGAGGCUGUAUUACUGUUUCUCGAGGUGGAAAGUUUUCCUUUAAAUAGAGCUUGGGGUUUAUACUGCUGAUAUUAAGAUGUUAACGUGAGGGACCAACUGCAAUUUCUACUUUGAGGUCCUUUUUUUAGUCUUCUAAGAAUUGCCUCUGUACUGAAUAAAUCAUGGUGAUUAUUUUGUUUCCCUCUAUUUUGAAAUUGUUAAAUAUUGCACUUGUACAAACAUAAACGCACAGUGUUUUUUUUUUUUAUUGCAGUAAUUCCUCAUUUGGAAUUGGUAUGGGAUCAUUAAAGCUGUSUCUUGUAUGUGUCAGUACAUCUUGUCAUGUACUUAAAUGAUAUCUGUUCCUGGUUUGCAAAUCUGUCAUGUUGACCACAAACGCAAGGUGUCAAGGUGCAAAUAGCUUUUAGUUUUUAUAAACUUUUUUGACCCCGUUGUGCUUUAUGGCAACCAUGUUUUUUAUUUGUUUUGGUAGCUGAAGGUUUAAUCAAGUUUCUGGGAGAUAUGUACUGUAUGCAUACUUUUAAAUAAAGUAAAUUUUUGGGGUAUGACAAAUCAGUUUUGAUGGCCACAAGUUUUCUGAUUGAGCUGAAGUUUUUUAUACGGAGUGGGGAGGGAGGAAAGGGGACUGACAGCCUAUUUGAGUCUGGCACAGUUGUCUGUUGCACAACUUUCUUAUGCUUUUUAAAAGUCUUGGUGUUGAAACUGCUUUCUCUGGAUUUCCUACUGAUCUUGCAGACCUUUUUUAUUAUUAUUUUAAAGGCAUAUUAGUAUCUGCCAAUAGGCUAUGAAACAUGUUCACUGAAAAAUCUGGCAGGGCUCUAAGGGUACGGAUGAUGCAAAUUGGUCAAGUUCAUUACUCURUGUUCCCAAUCUUACUCCAGUUGGAGUACUUGCAAUUACCUUGCCUUUGUAGUGUGACUUUUGAAAAACAUGGAUAUAUCUGAUUGCCCAUAUGCAAUAUAACUCACUAGGUAAAGAAUAUAUAUUCAGCUUGGUGGUGCAAUGGUUGAACUUCCGUGUGUGUCUUGACAUGAGUGUUUAAUACAAACUUGGAAUUUUUAUUUGACCAGUUGAUUACCAUUGUAAGAUAUCAAGUCCUGUUCUCUAACAAUGAUGUGCCUAUUUCCUAUGUUGAUUUAUUUUUUCUUUUUUUUUUUUUUUCUCUCUUGACAAGGCUGAAUGCAAAAAUGCUUGUUUAUAACUGUAUGACUUUUUAAA